GCCCUUCCUGGACAACAGUGAUGGCGGCCGCUGCUCGGUUCUUCAUCCGAGGUGCAAACUCGAAACUUUCCGGCAUCGGUACCGGCACCCAAAGGUCUUUGGGAGCCGCUUUACUGAAACUGUCCCCGAACUGCAGCUCCCGUUUAAAAACGCAACGAAGACACGCGGCCCACUUUACAUUUCAGCCUGACCCUGUACCGACACAAUAUGGCCCCACACAGAAGAUGAACUUGUUCCAGUCAGUAACCAGUGCCUUGGACAACACCCUUGCCAGUGAUCCUACAGCAGUCAUCUUUGGAGAAGAUGUUGCCUUCGGUGGAGUUUUUCGAUGCACGGUUGGCCUGAGAGACAAAUAUGGCAAAGACAGAGUCUUCAACACUCCUCUUUGUGAGCAAGGAAUUGUGGGAUUUGGCAUUGGUGCUGCUACUGCUGGUGCCACAGCCAUAGCUGAGAUCCAGUUUGCCGACUACAUAUUUCCAGCAUUUGACCAGAUUGUGAAUGAAGCAGCGAAGUAUCGAUACCGAUCUGGUAACUUGUUUGACUGUGGGAACCUCACCAUUCGGGCUCCAUGGGGAUGCGUUGGUCAUGGAUCCCUUUACCAUUCUCAAAGUCCUGAGGCUUUUUUUGCCCACUGCCCUGGUAUCAAAGUUGUAAUACCUCGUGGUCCGGUGCAGGCCAAAGGGCUGCUUCUCUCCUGCAUUGCUGACCAGAAUCCAUGCAUAUUCUUCGAGCCCAAGAUUCUUUACAGAGCAGCAGUGGAGCAGGUUCCAGUAGAGUCUUACACCGUCCCACUCUCACAAGCCGAGGUCCUAGACGAAGGAAGUGACAUCACACUAGUUGCCUGGGGGACACAGAUCCAUGUGUUGAGGGAGGUGGCCAGCAUGGCUCAGGAAAAACUGGGAGUUUCUUGUGAGGUCAUCGAUCUAAAGACCAUUCUGCCCUGGGAUGUCGAAACAGUUUGCAAGUCGGUGGUAAAAACUGGACGUUUGCUCAUCAGUCAUGAAGCACCAGUAACAGGAGGCUUUGCUGCUGAAAUAAGCUCCACUGUUCAGGAGGAGUGCUUCCUUAACCUGGAGGCUCCCAUAAGUAGGGUCUGUGGUUACGACACCCCCUUCCCUCACAUCUUUGAGCCCUUCUACAUCCCAGACAAGUGGAAGUGCUUUGAUGCAAUCAAGAGGAUGAUCAACUACUAAACCCUGUCAGGGCCAACUUCUGGUCGACCUGAACACCACACUCUUCCAGCAUCUAUUCUUUUCAUCCAACCAGUGGAAAACUGUCUGGAAAAAUGCUUUGUUGACCAUCCAGUCAGAAAGUGCUAUCCAUAUGGCCUCCAUGUCCCCGUGAUCUUCACUCUAAAAGACGUUUAUCAUACCUCUGGAUUGGAGAAGUUUUUCUCUCGCAGUGAAGAAGUGACGUCAACUUUCAGUGGUAAAACAUGCCUCGGCUGGUCACAUAGUUCACAUAUUCAAAUUUUCUCUUGAACUAAAGUUUGGGUUGUUUGAGGGAAAGAUUUUUGGUUGAAUCUGUGAUUUUCUGCCCUACUUGUGCUGUUACUUUGAAAAGUAUUGAAACGUGCUUUGACAUAGUUGACAUAAAAUGGAUUUGUAUUAUUAUAAACCACCUGUGAUUUUU